AUGGGCCGCCCCGCCCCCCACCGCCGCCUGCUGCCCCUGGCGGCGCUCCUGCUGCUGGGCGCCUCCCUGGCCGCCUGCCAGGAGAAUCCCGACGAGUCCAUGGAGGACUGCGCAGCGGUGGCCAUGGCCAUGGCGGACCCCGACUCCAGCAUCGCCGACGCCGUGUCCAACGCCGUGGCGAUGACCUUCUCCGAGUCGAUCAAGUGCAACGACAGCACGCCGCUGAACUCCACGGACACGGAGGCGCUGUCAAUCGCGCUGGCGGUGGCCAUCUCCGGCACCAGCAACGCCGCGCUGGAGUGCACUUCGGACGCCGAGGCGGCCGCCAACAUCACGUCCAUGGUGGUGGCCGAGGAGGUGAAAUCUGCGCUGAACAACGCGACGAACGCAACGACGGACCAGAUGAAGAUCGCGGAGGCGCGCGCGGACGCGCUGGGCGACGACGUGAUGGAAGUGAUCAUGGAGCAAACGCAACCGGGUUGCCCGCCGGAACAGACAACGCCGUGCAUCGUGCCCCUGGCGCUGCCGUCGCCCGAGGAGGUGGCCGACCUGGUGGAGAAGGCCAUCUUGGACAUCCUGACGGAAAUCCAGUGCGGGGAGGAGGACGAGGACUCGGGGGAGGAAUGCAAAUACGUGGACGGGAAGUUCGUGGGGGACUGCCUGGACGUCCCAGCGGCACCUCCCUCCGACGGGGGGGAACCGGAGGAGGUGGACGGCGGCGACGACAGUGCGGACGGGGAGCCACGAUGCCUGUUCCUCAACGGCAGGCUCAUCUGCUGA